CGAGGCGGGUGGAGGGAGCGGGCUUCCGGUGAGGAAGAGUUGAGGGACGGGCCCAGGAACCGGAAGCCGGCGCCAACGGUGAAGAAUAGUCUGGGGAUGUGAACACAAUGAGUGUAAACCAGCAAACUCACACAGGGCCACCUUAUGGACAACCGCAGCCUGGAUAUGCAGGAUACCUGCAGCCUGGUUAUGGAGGGCAGCAAAUUCCGAGCGUUCCUGCUUCUCAGUAUGGUGCUUACAAUGGUCCAGUGACAGGAUAUCAGCAGACAGGUCCCCCACAAGGUUACUUUCCUUCACUGGGGUUUCCUUCUAAGGGCUCUCCAGUUUCUCUCGAUUCUGAUGCUUCUUUUGCUCCUAACUUCAUAGGUUCUCUAAGAGCUUCCACCACUUCUGGAGCACCUGCAUCAACAUCUGGAACACUAGUUGCUCCCGGGCAGCCAGUCUAUAGUCAGUUUGGACAAGGGGAUGUACGUAAUGGAAUUCCUGCUUCUACUGUUCCAUUGCAAAGAUCUUCUCAGCAGUUCAUACCUGGCACAGCACCCACUGCUAUUAGCCAGCCAGCUUCUUUCCAGCAAUAUGGGCCAUCACCUACAAGCACACAUCAACUGACCAAUCAUAUGGCAGGAAUGCAGAUAGGCAGUGUUUCUGCCUCUGCUCUCCCCCCAGCUGGACUGGGCUAUGGUCCCCCAACAUCAGUUCCACACGCCUCAGGAAGCUUUACUGCAACAGGAUCUGGGCAGUAUGUGUCAUAUUCAAACCAAGGGCCACCACCUGCUCAUAUCCCACAUGGAUUGCCUCCUACCAGCUUGUCUCAGGGUCUUCCCAUGACACAACCUGCUAUGUCUGGUCCUCCGUCAGCACCUCACCUUCCCUCUCAAGACGCAAGGUUUGCUGCCCCGCCACCUACUUCUGCUGGGGUUGGAGGUUCCAGCUACCCUCCUGCGACAGGCGUUUCAAGGCCUCCCACAAUGCAGGGUGCAUCAUUAGCUGGGCAAGCAGUUACUGGGCUGCUUGCUUCCCAGCCAAAUCAUGUGACUUCACCGCCACUGCCACCAUCUAUGACAGGGCCACCCCCUGGACCACCAAUGGCAGGCUUGCAAGGACCACCUUCCACCCAGCCUUCGCAACCAGGAUAUGCACCACAACAGAAUGGGUCCUUUGGGCAGAAUAGAGGUAACCAGCCAAACUAUAAUGCGGCUUACUCUGGGCCAGCAAAUUAUGGGAGUCAGCCUGGACCGCCACCUCCAGCAAAACGUCUAGAUCCAGACUCUAUUCCUAGUCCACAACUCAAUGAGCUGCCACCUCAGCAGAAACCCAGACACAGAAUAGAUCCAGAUGCAAUUCCCAGCCCAAUCCAGGUAAUAGAAGAUGACAGGAAUAAUCGUGGGUCAGAGCCAUUCGUCACUGGAGUCCGUGGGCAAGUCCCACCCCUUGUCACUACCAAUUUCUUGGUCAAAGAUCAAGGGAAUGCAAGCCCCCGCUACAUAAGAUGUACAUCCUAUAAUAUCCCCUGCACUUCAGAUAUGGCUAAACAGUCUCAAGUUCCUCUUGCUGCAGUCAUAAAGCCAUUGGCUGCACUGCCUACAGAAGAGACUCCUCCUUAUUUGGUAGACCAUGGAGAAUCGGGUCCUAUCCGGUGCAAUAGGUGCAAGGCCUAUAUGUGCCCUUUUAUGCAAUUCAUUGAGGGUGGAAGAAGAUUCCAGUGCUGCUUCUGUAGUUGUGUCACCGAGGUGCCGUCUCACUACUUCCAGCAUUUGGAUCACACAGGCAGACGGGUGGACUACUAUGAUAGACCUGAAUUAUCAUUGGGGUCCUAUGAAUUCUUGGCAACUGUUGACUACUGCAAGAAUAACAAGUAUCCCAACCCCCCUGCUUUUAUUUUCAUGAUUGAUGUAUCCUAUAAUGCGAUAAGAAAUGGCCUGGUAAGACUGAUCUGUGAAGAGUUGAAGACUCUCCUGGACUACCUGCCCAGAGAAGGAAACAUGGAAGAAUCGGCCAUCCGUGUGGGCUUUGUCACCUACAACAAGGUUUUGCACUUCUAUAAUGUGAAGAGCUCUCUGGCACAGCCACAAAUGAUGGUUGUGUCUGAUGUAGCGGAUAUGUUCGUACCUCUUCUUGAUGGCUUCCUGGUGAACAUUAAUGAGUCUCGCACAGUUUUCACCAGCUUGCUGGACCAGAUCCCUGAAAUGUUUGCUGAUACAAGAGAAACAGAAACUGUGUUUGCGCCAGUGAUUCAGGCUGGCAUGGAAGCUCUAAAGGCAGCAGAGUGUGCUGGCAAGCUCUUCAUAUUUCACACAUCACUGCCUAUUGCAGAAGCCCCAGGGAAGCUGAAGAACAGAGAUGACAAGAAACUGAUAAAUACUGAUAAAGAAAAGACACUGUUUCAGCCUCAGACAGGCUUCUACAGCAACUUAGCCAAGGAAUGUGUAACACAAGGCUGCUGUGUGGAUCUGUUCCUUUUCCCAAACCAGUAUUUGGAUGUGGCUACCUUGGGAAUUGUUUCUCAUCAGACAGGUGGCUCCCUUUAUAAAUACACCUAUUUCCAGGUGGAAACAGAUCAGGAGCGCUUCUUGAAUGACUUGCGUAGAGAUGUUCAAAAAGAAGUGGGCUUUGAUGCUGUGAUGAGAGUACGCACGAGCACUGGUAUUCGAGCAACAGACUUCUUUGGAGCAUUCUACAUGAGCAACACAACAGAUGUGGAACUAGCAGGCUUAGAUUGUGACAAAACAAUCACUGUGGAAUUCAAACAUGAUGACAAGCUUGGUGAAGAUAGUGGAGCACUUCUUCAGUGUGCUGUACUGUAUACAAGCUGUGCAGGACAGCGGCGAUUGCGUAUUCACAACCUCUCCUUGAACUGCUGCACACAGCUGGCUGAUCUUUACAGGAACUGUGAAACGGACACACUUAUCAAUUACUUGGCCAAAUUUGCAUAUCGUGGAGUUCUGAACAAUCCAGUCAAGACAGUGAGAGAUACACUGAUCAAUCAAUGUGCCCAGAUCUUGGCAUGCUACCGGAAAAAUUGUGCUAGCCCCUCCUCUGCUGGACAGUUGAUUCUCCCUGAAUGCAUGAAACUGCUCCCUGUGUAUCUGAACUGUAUUUUGAAAAGUGAUGUGCUCCAGCCUGGCUCAGAAGUCACAACUGAUGACCGCUCCUACAUCCGCCAACUAGUCACCUCUAUGGAUGUGGCAGAAACAAAUGUUUUCUUUUACCCCAGACUCUUACCACUGACCAAAGUAGAUCUCAACAGUGACUCACUACCAACAGCAAUCAGAAACUCUGAGGAGCGUCUCUCUAAGGGUGACAUAUAUCUUCUAGAAAAUGGGCUGAACAUAUUUUUAUGGAUAGGAGUAAAUGUUCAGCAAGGGCUGAUCCAAAACCUCUUUGGAGUUUCAUCAUUCAGCCAGAUCAGCAGCUCUAUGUACAUGCUACCAAUUUUGGAUAAUCCCUUUUCAAAGAGAGUACGAUCCAUCAUUGAUAUGUUCCAGUCUCAAAGGUCACGCUACAUGAAGCUCAUGAUUGUGAAGCAGGAAGACAAGCUAGAUCUGCUGUUCAAACAUUUCUUGGUGGAAGACAAGAGCAUGAAUGGGGGGGCUUCAUACGUGGACUUCCUCUGCCACAUGCAUAAAGAGAUUCGCCAGUUGCUGAGCUAGAGCUGGAGUUAUGCUGGAUUCCAGCACUGGCACUUCUAUGUUCAAUAACCACCUGAUGAAUGGGCCCAGCUCCUUUGAGAAGGACAAUAUAGAAACCUGUACAAUUCCAUAAUUUUAAUGCAUUGUGCAUAAACAAUUUCAGCAUCUCCAAAACCCUUUGAGAGAGUGAGACAUGGACAGACAAAACACCUAUAGAGCAGGGAAGCAUUAUUUGAUGUCAGACCUUAGUCCUGUGUCUCUUACUGUGCUUGGCAGGAAUCUACACCUCUUGCCUGCUGCCAGCCCAAUUCUGUUAUAAGAGAUCUCUUGAAUACACUGCACAUGGUUCGGCAUCAAGUGAAAAGUGAUUGUUCUUCAAAAUUACACAGUAGCUGCUAUAUUUGUGUAUGUGAUUCUCUGUAUGAAAAGGAGCCACGUAGGGAAAUAUAAGUGGCAGGCCCUGGUCAAUUAACGGACUGAUGUUGGAUAAAGCAGGCAACGUUUUCAUAUCUGGAGGGAGCAAUGUGCUGUAAGCAAUUAUAGAAUGGCGUCUUCUAGAAAACAUCACUUGAGUUCUGAGCCAGACUAUCAAGUUGUUGUAUUGCUGUGCAGAUCUGCCUUGGAAUAAGAGGGUGCUAACAAGCAGGUGCUUGCUCCGAGAGAAUAAAAUCUAUCUUGGGUUGGUAUGAACACCGCUCUGGGAAAAGCAGUAUCCCCCUUUUAUUCUUUUUACCAGUGUCCUCUUGCUUUGGUGUGUGUUGGCUUUUUCCAUUCACAUGCUAGGUUUUGCUUGGAAUACUUUCUUAAAGAAGAUGUUCAUGCUUUCCCCUUCUUUUCAUUUUAGAAAGUAAUGUUUUAUAACAAGAUGUCAAAAGUGACAUAGGAGUUUGCUAGGGGAUGGUCAGUUUGAAUUGUACCCAAGAAAGCACUGAGGAGACGUGUAGCACCAUGUGGAAGGAAUAGUUCUUACUCAUAAUGUAAGGUUCAAUCAUGCCUCUGUGUAUUCUGAUGUUCAAACCCUUAGUAGAGCUGAAGUAUUCUAGCCAUUGGUAGCUAACAGAUACAGCACUUAAAAGGUUCUAUCCCAGAUUAUUCUUACUGUUCCACCAGUGUAGGGUAUCCAUGGCAAGCCUGCUUGUGGUCAUACCUCAAACAAUCAACUUGGGUUUGCAGCUGCCCUUUCUAGUGAUGUAGGUGAUGUGUUUGAGACUUCAGGAGUCCAAGGGCUCAUGAAUUUUUCAAAAGGAGACAAAUUAUU